AUGGGAGACAUGGGAGAUCCACCAAAAAAAAAACGUCUGAUUUCCCUGUGUGUUGGUUGCGGCAAUCAAAUUCACGAUCAGUAUAUUCUGAGGGUUUCUCCGGAUUUGGAAUGGCAUGCGGCAUGUUUGAAAUGUGCGGAGUGUAAUCAGUAUUUGGACGAGAGCUGUACGUGCUUUGUUAGAGAUGGGAAAACCUACUGUAAAAGAGAUUAUAUCAGGUUGUACGGGAUCAAAUGCGCCAAGUGCAGCAUCGGCUUCAGCAAAAACGACUUCGUGAUGCGCGCGCGCUCCAAGGUGUACCACAUCGAGUGUUUCCGCUGCGUGGCCUGCAGCCGCCAGCUUAUCCCCGGGGAUGAGUUCGCGCUGCGGGAGGACGGGCUCUUCUGCCGCGCGGACCACGACGUGGUGGAGAGGGCCAGCCUGGGCACCGGCGACCCGCUCAGCCCCUUGCACCCGGCGCGGCCGCUGCAAAUGGCAGCCGAGCCCAUCUCCGCCCGGCAGCCGGCCCUGCGGCCCCACGUCCACAAGCAGCCGGAGAAGACCACCCGCGUGCGGACUGUGCUGAACGAGAAGCAGCUGCACACCUUGCGGACCUGCUACGCCGCCAACCCCCGGCCCGAUGCGCUCAUGAAGGAGCAACUGGUGGAGAUGACCGGCCUCAGUCCCCGUGUGAUCCGGGUCUGGUUUCAGAACAAGCGGUGCAAGGACAAGAAGCGGAGCAUCAUGAUGAAGCAGCUCCAGCAGCAGCAGCCCAAUGAUAAAACUAAUAUCCAAGGGAUGACAGGAACGCCCAUGGUGGCUGCCAGUCCGGAGAGACACGAUGGUGGCUUGCAGGCAAACCCAGUGGAAGUGCAGAGUUACCAGCCGCCUUGGAAAGUGCUCAGUGACUUCGCCUUGCAGAGUGACAUCGAUCAGCCGGCUUUUCAGCAACUGGUUAAUUUUUCAGAAGGAGGACCAGGCUCUAAUUCCACUGGCAGUGAAGUGGCGUCGAUGUCCUCUCAGCUCCCAGAUACACCUAACAGCAUGGUAGCCAGUCCAAUUGAGGCAUGA